UGUUUCCCACUUUCCUUGAAUCCCAUUUCAUCUCUAACCCAAGUACCCAACUCAAGGUACAAUAUUCCCACUUCCCAAACCACUAAUAACCUUCUUUACUCAUCAACCUACAAUCCUACCAUAUUUCCACUUCCCAAACCAUUAACCUUCUUUCUGGUUAUUAACUUUAGUUUAGGCCAGCAAAGACAUAAGAAAGCUGAGGCUUCCUCUCCCCUCCUCUAUCUCAUUCUACCCAUAUCCAUGGAGAAGAACAGCACUACUCCCAUUAACAAACAAUGGAUAUUCUUUACCCUUGCCAGUUUCUUAGGUUGCACCCUUCUUAUAUUAUCUCUCAGCAAUGGACGCGAUAGACAGAAUCUUUUAGAUCUCCAAUAUCUGAGAACCUCAUCAGCAUUGUCACCAAGAUCAACAACAACAACAACAGAUGCUUCAAAGGUGGAAUCCCCAAGACAAUUUGAUGGAAUUAAAGAAGAAGAUCAUGGAAAUUUACGACAAAAAGAGUGCGAUAUUUUCGACGGAAACUGGGUUUUCGACGACAAAAAUAAUACAUACCCUCUUUAUAAAGCAUCCCAAUGUCCAUUUCUCAGUGACCAAGUGAAUUGUAGGAGGAAUGGAAGGCAAGAUUUUGAUUAUGAGAAGUGGAGUUGGAAACCAAAAAAGUGUGAGAUUCCAAGGUUUAACGGAACAGAUAUGUUGGAGAGAUUGAGGGGGAAGAGGGUGAUCAUAGCUGGUGAUUCCAUUAACAGAAAUCAAUGGGAAUCCCUCUCUUGCCUGCUAUACUCUGUAGUCUCUCCCUCAGAGGCUGAGGUGAACGUAAUAAGUGGUGUCUACAAGGUGUUCAGAGCCAAGGACUAUAACUGUUCUAUAGAGUUUUAUUGGAGCCCAUUUCUAGUGAAAUUGGACGAGACCCCAACAAAGAAGAGAAGGAAAGGAAGGAGAGUUCUAAAGCUUGACGCAAUGGCGUCCUCUGCAAGGCAAUGGCAAGGAGCUGACAUUAUGGUGUUCAACACUGGUCAUUGGUGGGUCCACGAUGGAAAGCUGCAGACGUGGGAUUUCCUUCAAUUCAAAGGCAAAUUGGUGAAAAAUCUUGAAGUAGAGACAGCAUUUGAGAUGGGCAUGAAGACAUGGGCCCAUUGGAUUGAUAGCAAUGUUAACUCCACCAAGACAACCGUUUUUUUUAGGAGCAUAUCACCUGAACAUAAAUUGGAAAAGCAAUGGUGUCAUAAUCAAACCCAACCGAUCUUGGAUGAAUCCUAUACUGAAUUGUUUCCAAGAUCCAUUAUGGGAAUUGUUGAAAAAACAAUCCAAGAGAUGAGGACACCAGUUAAAUAUUUGAACAUCACAAGACUCUCGCAAUAUCGUAAAGAUGCCCAUCCAACGGUGUAUACAUCGAAGCAAGGGAAGCUGUUGACGAAGGAGCAGAGGAAGCAACCGGAGGUUUACGGAGACUGCAGCCACUGGUGCCUGCCCGGACUGCCUGAUACAUGGAACGUGCUAUUGUAUGCCUUAACCUUCCUUGAGAACUCAAGGGAGACGUUAUAGUUCCCAUUUCCUUUUUCAUUUUUUUAAAUUGUAGCUCCCAUAUCUAACAUUUUCUUUUUCUGAUUUUCUGGAUUUUAGUAUACAAAAUCAUAGAA